AUGAUGGGUGACGACGUCAGCUUACAUUUCAAAUGCAAAGGUAUCUUGUACAGUUUAUUGGUGAAGACAUCAACGAACGAGAUAACACUAUUGAUGGUAAAAGCUUUGAUAUGCAAGAAGUUUGGGUGGGAUGAAAAAAUGGUGGAAUUGAAAUUGAGAUACAUUCCCCUGAUUGUGAGAUGCGACGAAUACACGACCGUAGCUUCUGAUGACGAUCUCAGGUGCUAUCUAAGUUCAGUUGAUCCCCAAGGCUGUAGAUGUAUGUUGCAUGUAGAGGUCACGGCUUCCUCAACACAGCCCACAGCGCAAGUAUCUAGAGCAGAGAAGGAAAGUUCUGUUGGUGUGAACUAUAAUGAUGAUGAAAUUGGAGGUAAUGCCGUGGCUCUAUAUGUAGGCAACAACGUCGAAGCAGAACAAGAAGAGGAGGCAGAACAAGAAGAGGAGGAGAAAAAGAAGAGGAUGCAGAGCAUGAAGAGGAAGGAGAAAAAGAAGCUCAGGAGAUGGAUGAGGAUGAUGUUACAGGCGAAUAUAGGCACAACGAAUAUGAUGAACCACCUGUUGUACUAG